AUGGGUCAGGUACCAUGGAUCCCGCCCAUGGAUGAUCGAGCCGUUGAGGUGCCUGAGGCAGCAACCCCACUGCUCUUUCCGCACGGCCGCAGCGGAUCAACAACACAUCCCUCCCACACUGCCCUGCUUGCGCCAUCCAUGCCCCCCCCUUCUUCUGCGGGCCAUGGCCCCGGACCCUCAUCCCAGGUCACGGCAGACGUCGUCAAGUUUCGCUGUCUGUUCACCCACGAUCUGCGUCGCAAAUCCAAACGCUGGCAAGAUGGCUAUCUCCGCUUCCACACCUUCAACAGGCGAAUCAUGGUCUUCGACGAGCAGGGGAACUUUAUCGGCGAUCAUCACUGGCGAUCGGGCGGUCAAGUUCAGGAUGGUGAUGAAAUGGAGCUGGAUAAGGGAGCGCUGAUCCAGGUCGGCGAGUGCAUGGGCACUGCGCAGACAGACUUGUCGAGUCUGUUGGAGAAAAGGAAACCCAGCCAGGGAUCGCCGCAGUCUGAAACACAGCCUCGUCCAUCUUCCCUGUCCGCCCGGCCACAGGCCACGCAAUCACGCUCACUCAAUGAUAUGCUGGGUAUCAAGAGGACCCCGAUUGCGCAUUUGGUAUCGCCGUAUGAGGAACGGCACCGGCCCAAACCUGUGGAAAAUGUCCGUCCUUCACAACCACCGCCCAAGCGACAGAAGACAUCUGCAGUGGACUCCAGUGCCCAACGCCCGGUAGUCGAUUUGACACAAUCGAAGAAGAACUCAAAGCCCAUGAGAAGCGCGCCAACCGUCACGUCAACUCGAGGACAGCCAAGGCCUGCCGCAGAUAGUCAGAGGGCGCGAUCUAGUGUAUCCAAUGAUGCAUCGAAUAUAGCACCGCUCACCAAGCCCAGCUCCAACGUGGACAGCACUUGCCCGCCAGCGUUGAAACCGGCCGCCAGCCGCCCGGCUCCAACAUUUUCCUCGCGGGGAUCAAUCCAAGAUGCACCGCCAUCAUCAGCUCAACUGCCCGAAAGACCCCAGGUACCCCGGAAUGGCCUGCUUGCCAAAUCACGCUCGUUUGCAGGCCCGUCCUCAGAUACCCCCAUGAACACCCUGCGCAUGGCCGUCGAGAAGCCCCGCAAGAAAUUGAUGUACCAAGCACUUUUACCCAGCGAGAAGUCCGAAAAGGCGCCGAGCGAGCUUUCCAUGCCUCCGCCUAAGAAGCCAAGCAGUCGGCCGGUUUCGACUUCUGUAGAGAUGCAGUCAGUACGUGCCCACCCGGUUCUCUAA